AUGGACUUUUUGGUUGAGUCUGAAAUUACUGCCGCCUACUGUGAUGAACCACGAAUAAUCACACUCUCAGAUGCCGCCAUUGCACCUCAUCAGCAAGCAGAAACACAUAAGCUGACCACUUACCUCCUGCCGUCAGUUCCAGAAAUGCAGCCUGUGAUACCAGCCUCGUUCCAGACUCCUCCAAAACUUGCUCCACGAAGAAACCGAGUGGUGUCCCAGGUCAGGCCUUCUGAUCCAGUGGAGCAGCACGUCCCGGUCACAAGCACCGCAGCUCGUCAGCUCCAUGACAUCCCAGUUCCUGUGCCUCAGAAAAGACGGGCACCUCAGCCGACAUCGCCUGCUUCUGCCUCGGAGAUUGCUCUGUCAACAAAAACCGACUUCCCACUGGCAGCCACACCCACCAGUCCUUUGGGACAGUCCGAGAUCGCUAAGCUGCCAAAUGGGCCUUCGGGAACAUGCAGGUCACUAACUGCGGUUCCAACCAAGAGAACCAUGAUCCCAACCUCUCUGGGAACCUCCACAUCUUCUGCUGCUCCUGUCAGUUCGGCUUCAGCAUGUCCGGCUGCAGCCUCUCCCGUGGAAUCAUCUGUAUCUACGAACACAACGCCGCCUGCAAGCCCCGCCUCCUCAAGCACGUUGGUGGUUACUUCUUUGGCAUUUCAUGGACCAGCGGCGUCAUCCUCACUAAUCGGAUCCACCUCUGGAAGUAGUGUUGCAGCUACUUCAGUAACGCCACCCGGACCUGCUCUUUCGACGGCUCCAGCUGGCUCUGUCUCUGCGCACACCAUGAUUGCCUCAUCGAUACCUUUGUUUACAGCUGGCUCUACAUCAUCAGCAAGUGACUCGGCUUCAGUGGGCGCCGCUGCAAUGUCGCUGGUGACGUCACCCAGUUCUGCAGCUAACGUGAUGCCAGCCGAGACGCCACCUGCUAUCAAGUUAGCCUCCACAUGUUCCACCAUUUUACAGCUGUUGGAAGAGUCGGAACACAUCCUGCUUCACGACCAGUAA